CGUCGUUGCUACCGUUGAGCAACACAUCUCGAUUGGCAUGCUCUCCCGCCAAGUCUCCUCGCUCCUUGCGCUGGCCGUGCGCCGGCAGUCGCGCUCGCUCGCGCGGCUCUCGCUCACGCACACCAGUGCCAUGCGCUUCCACUCGUCCAUCCCGAGCAUGGCCAUGGCCGACGAGACGCCUGCUGCGCGCGAUCUUUUCGCCGACGAGAUCGUCGACGACGCCGCGCCGACUUCGGGCUUUAUCGACCAAAAGCCGAUUGCGGACUUUGGUCUCUCGCCGCGCCUCCUGCACAACCUUGAAGACGCUGGCAUUACGCACCUCUUCCCGGUGCAGGUCGAGUCGUUCUCGACGAUGAUGGACGGCAAGGACAUUAUGGGCCGCUCCAAGACGGGCUCGGGCAAGACGCUCGCAUUUGCUCUUCCGAUUGCCGAGCGCCUCAUGGCCGACGCCUCGCGCCGCAUGAAGAACCCGCGCGCGAUCGUGAUGCUGCCGACGCGCGAGCUUGCGCAGCAGGUCGAGCAGGAGUUCCGCCGCAUUGCGCCGCAGCUCCGCACGUGCCUCGUGGUCGGCGGUGUCUCGUACACGGUGCAGGAGAACCAGCUCCAGCGCGGUAUCGACAUCCUCGUCGGCACGCCGGGUCGCGUCAUGGACAUGAUGAACAAGGGCGCGCUCGACCUCUCGGAGGUCCAGAUUGGCGUCCUCGACGAAGCCGAUAUGAUGCUCAAGUUUGGCUUCCAGGAAGAAGUCGAGGCGAUUCUCGGCGCGAUGCCCGAGGAGAAGCAGUGCGUCAUGUGGUCGGCGACGGUCCCCAAGUGGGUCCUCUCGCUCUCGCGCAAGUACCUCAAGGACCCCGUCUCGAUCGAUCUCGUGGGCGACGACGACUCGAAGCUGCCGUCGACCGUCUCGCACAAGGCGAUCGUCGUCACGCGCGACACGAAGGACCACGUGCUCGAGUCGGUCCUGCACCUCUACGCGAACGGCGGCCAGGCGCUCAUCUUUACCGAGACCAAGCAGGAGGCCGACGAGCUCGUCGCGUUCCUUAGCACCAAGACCAAGGGCGCGCGCGUGCUCCACGGCGACCUCUCGCAGAACCUCCGCACGGCCACGAUGAAGGGUUUCCGCAACGGCGACAUUCGUACGCUCAUCUGCACGGACAUUGCCGCGCGCGGCCUCGACAUUGCCAGCGUCGACCUCGUCAUCCAGUACCGCCUCUCGAACGACAAGGAGGCAUUUGUGCACCGCGCCGGCCGCACGGGUCGCGCCGGCCGCUCGGGCGUCAACGUGGUUCUUUUCGAACCCCGCGACUUGCGCGAUCUUCAGGACCUCCAGAAGGCCUUUGGUGUCGACUUUAACCAUGUCUCGGCGCCCAAGCCCGACGCGCUCCUUGCGCAUGCGAUGACGAACGUCCAGACCAAGAUCGACGACGUGCACCCGGACUCGCGCUCGGCUUUUGACGCGGCAGCCCGCGCGCUCUUCACGACCGAGGAAGACGGCAUCCAAGCGCUCAGCGCGGCGCUCGCGCUCAUUGCCGGCUUUGAGUCGCGCGGCCCGACCGUCUACUCGAUGCUCACGGGCCAGGCCCAGUACCAGACGGUGCAGGUCGAGGCCGAUCGUACGUGGAACGCCGACGCGAUCUCCCGCUGGCUCGCCGACUCCAAGGUGAAUGUGAGCUUCAACCGCAUCCACAAGGGCACGCACAACAUGUUCUACCUCGAUAUUCCGGCCAAGCAGGUCGCCAAGGUGCUCGCUCGCGCCGAAGAAGAAGGCGUCGCGCUCUCUGUGGUCGACGAACUCGAAAAGAUCACGAUGCCCGGCACGAUGAGCCGCGGCUCGGACCGCUUUGGCGGCAACAGCCGCUUUGGCGGUGGUAACAGCCGCUUUGGCAACGGCGGUGGCCGCGGCAACAACAGCUAUGGCGACCGUCGCUCGAGCUCGCCGGCGCGCAGCAACGACCGCCGCAGCAACUACAACGCGCCGCGCUUCGACUCUGGUUUCUCGAACGACCGCCGCCGCAGCAACGGUAGCAACGAUCGCAACAGCAACCGCAGUAGCAGCGGGGACCGUCGCGGCCAGUCGUGGAGCUUUGAAAAGACCAACAAGUGGUUGUAAGCACGCAACACUCCACCCAGAAACGAUAGAGAAACAGCCACUGUGUAAUUAAUUUCCAACUUAGUAGACCAUUUGUUAAAUUGCGC